CACUUCCUCUAACCGUGUCCUUGGCAGCAGCAGCAUCUUUGCUGUUCAGGAUAAACACAUGGCUAAAUUGAGCAAAGAGACCAAACAGCGGCUGCAGCAGCUGUUCCAGUGCGGCCAGUUUGUCAUCCGAUGGGGUUUUAUCCCAACCGUGCUGUACCUCGGUUUCAAACGAGGAGCAGAUCCAGGAAUGCCUGAACCCACAGUUUUAAGUUUACUGUGGGGCUAAGAAACGUCUCCACACAGCCAAUCCCCUCGCCUCAUCAAGACCAUGUGACCCACCCGUCAACAGAAAUCCAGGAAAUGGACAUUAUUUUUCACUUUCCUCUCCAUAAAUCAUAUUGUCCAAUGUCCAAGAAGUAAAGGAAUGAAUGUUAUCUGCAGCCAUACUGUUUAUGGCUACCUAUACAGUACGUGAAUGGAGAUACGGAUAGAAAAUAUUUGGAUUAACAAGCUGGAAUCAAGACUUUGUCACUGAGAAUACAUUGUCUUGACUGGUCACUCUGUAGGUAUUUUGUUGGGAAUGUGUGACAGCAGUUUGGAUAUGCCAUUCAUUCCAUGUUUGUUCUUUUUAUUUGUAAUUUAAAAUUUCUGAAAAAUAAAUCCACACAGAAA